AUGCCCCAGGUCGAGCAGAGCUCAGCCGAGGAUCCAUUACAUGGCUACGAAAGCCAAAUUCAGCAAAAACCACUCGUCACUACCGAUGAUCCAGAGGCGACACUCUCUGACACCAUUCGCCUAGCUCACAAUGUUAUCUCCGGGCUUGACGCUUACGCCAAGAUCCUGCAAAAAGACCUUGUCGAAGACCUUAUACCGAGUAUCGUGACCUACGAGAUCCGACGCUUACAGCGCCUGCAAGUUGUUAUUGAGAUGAAGGUCGACCGACUGAUAAGGAUACGAGAUGCUAUGGCCAAGCAAGCACAAGCAAAUCUUAGCCAUGAGCGAUGGGUUUACAAGAAUGGGAAGUGGGCUAUCAAAACAGCAGACCAGUACCCCUGUGAGACUGACGUACUUUAUAUACAGCGCGCCCGGGCAUACCUGAUCGAUUGCCAUGUCCUGUACAAGAUCAACUUUGCCCUUUGUCGUUAG